CAUGAACAAAAUACCGAGGGUCUUUGUUUAAUGUACCUAACAUUGAAGGUUUAACCUGCAACCUGCCAUUUUCAACAUCCUCGCCGAUUUCUAUCAUUCCCUUUACCCAGGGUCAUCGUAGCCGACGAACCUCUAGAGUCGCCAUUUCCUUUUACCUCUUUCAUUACCUUUCACAACAUCUUAGGAUAUCAUAGGAUAUUGCUAUUAUUUCGAUUGAGAUGGCGUCGCCACCCAAGCCAUGGGAGCGUGCCGGCGCGACAGGUUCUAGUACAAGCAUUGCUACGCCAACAGCAGCGGCAACUACAUCGCCGACCACGAACGCAAUUACGGCACCCUCAUCCGUGACUACUGGUACUACUGCCACCUCUACCACGCCGACCGUCCCUCCUCGUCCCGACUCCCUGAAUUCCACGGUAGCUCAGAACGCGUCGGCGUAUAGUCGAAUGCCAUAUAACAAUGCCUACAAUCCAUACUCAUCCCCCUACUCCAGAAUGGGGGGAGGUUAUGGUGGUGGAAUGUACGGCAACUAUGGCGGCUACGGUGGUUAUGGAAAUAUGUAUGGAAACAUGUAUGGUGGCAUGCCGGGGAUGAUGCCGAACGAUCCGAACAACCCGAAUAGCCUCACAAAUAGGUUCAGCAAUAGCACGCAAGCUACUUUCCAGCUCCUUGAAGGAAUUGUUGGUGCCUUUGGUGGUUUUGCCCAGAUGCUCGAAAGCACUUACAUGGCGACUCACUCGAGCUUCUUUGCAAUGGUGUCUGUGGCUGAACAGUUUGGCAACCUGCGAGAUACCCUCGGAUCGGUUCUUGGCAUCUUCACCGUCAUGCGAUGGCUUCGUACUUUAAUUGCCAAGAUUACCGGAAGACCACCUCCAGUUGACGCGGUGGCACUCACGCCUGCAUCUUUUGCUCGCUUCGAAGGUCGACAAGUACCAUCUGGUGCCAAUGGCGGUCAAUCUAAACCGAGCAGAAAACCUCUUAUUUUCUUUGUCCUAGCAGCUUUCGGCCUACCAUAUCUUAUGAGCAAGGCAAUCAAGGCUCUUGCCGCAUCAGCUGAAGAGGAAGAGCGUAAACGACUCGAAGUCGCGGCGCAGAACGCGCCACUCGACCCUAGCAAGCUCGAAUUUUGCCGUGUCCUAUACGAUUUCACCCCCGAAGCCGGCAAUGCUACCCAGGGCGUUGAUCUUGCUGUGAAGAAAGGCGACUUUAUUGCAGUCCUCAGCAAGAGUGAUCCCUUAGGUAACCCGAGUGAGUGGUGGCGUUGCCGUGCCAGAGAUGGUCGUCUAGGUUAUCUCCCUUCAACAUUCCUAGAAGUUGCUAGAAAACCUGGUCAACCAGUUGCAGCCAUCAAAGCCGCCCCGGCCGAGCCCCCCAAGCCAGCGCCUACCGUUCCCGAGUCCGAACCACCGGCCGUUACCAGCAAAGCAGGAGAUAUUUCUGCAGAGAGCUUCCAGAAGUCACAGUUUUACUCCUAGAAAGAUAAAACCUCAUUGGACGAAUGGGCCGCGAAGGUAGCGGAUCAGUCUAGAGGGGUGCGAGGGUUGCCUUUCACCUUUCGGCAAAUGAAUCCUCAGCAAGACAGACUUGAGUCAUAUCGGACACGAUUUAGAUCUGGUUUCGGAGAUGAGCAAUAGGAGGGUUAACUACAGGCCUUGAAAGACGCACUUGGCGAACAAUUGUUUCUUACUCAACAAAAAUUGUCCAACAUGGCGCAAACUCUAGCUCGUCUCGAGAAUCAUCAAUGGGUAAUUGCUGGAAUUUCCAAGGGACUCGUUCAGGAGGGAAGUAUCGGAGUAGAUACUGGGAGCUCGACGUCGAAUUCUGAGGACCCAGCAUCUGAGAUCGAGGAU